AUGGCAGGCACUAUCUCAUCCAUUCCCACAUUGGACCUCAAUGAUGGUACCUCGGUCCCCGUUGUGGGAUAUGGUACUGGCACCGCUUGGUACAAGAAAUCGGGGGAUAGUGGCAUCAACCGUGAAUUGGUGGAAUCUAUCAAAGCGGCAACGAAGCUAGGAUAUCACCAUCUCGACGGGGCCGAAGUUUACCAGACCGAAGAGGAGUUGGGACUCGCAAUCAAGGAGAGCGGAGUUCCUCGAGAGAAACUUAUCGUGACGACCAAAGUCAUUACCAAUAUUGCCGAUAUUCCGCAAGCCAUUGAAACUAGUCUUAAGAAACUCCAGCUUGACUACGUGGAUUUGUAUCUGAUUCAUGCUCCGUUCUUCGCCAAGACCGAUGAAGAACUUCAAGCUGCCUGGACUGCUAUGGAGCAAGUAAAGGAAUCUGGAAAAGCCCGAUCCAUCGGAGUGUCGAAUUUCCUGCAAAAUCACCUGGAAGUCAUCCUCAAAACCGCCAAGGUUGUGCCAUCGGUCAAUCAGAUCGAGUUCCACCCUUACCUUCAACAUGGUAACCUCGUUCCCUAUCAAGAGAGCAAGGGUAUCAAGACGGUCAGCUAUGCGGGUCUCACGCCUAUCACUCGAGCUAAAGGUGGACCCCUGGACCCUUUGCUUUCAUCUUUGGCCAUCAAAUAUGGAGUGAGCGAGUCGGAGAUUCUGCUACGCUGGACUGUUGAUCGUGGCUGCGUAGCUAUCACUACCAGUGGAAAGGAGACCCGCAUGAGCAGCUAUCUACGAUCUUUGACUUUCAAGUUGACACCUCAAGAGAUUGAAGAGAUCUCCAAGAUUGGAGAGCAGCAUCAUUACCGUGCAUUUUGGCAGGAUAAGUUCGCUGCAGAUGAUCGAUCGUAA